GUGGAAAGGAAAUAGAAAUUUACUUAGUAUGGGUAAUUUGAAGCAUGUCACUAUCGUCUUUGUGUGCUUGGUUGCAAUGCCAAUUCUUUGGCCUUUAUUAGUGUCUGCAAGCAAUGCAUCACCAACGCCGAUUGCAGAUACAAUUUAUAUGCCAAGUAUGGGACCCAUAUCCAAAGAAGAAUAUAUACAGGAGUGCAUUGAUUAUGAAGGGAUAGUGCUUGAGGGCUCUGGUUUGGAUUAUAUAGAGCUUUGCACUGAAUAUGCUAAUCAAUUAUGUGCAACAAAUAACACCAAUCUUUAUUGUUGAUACUACUAUAAAUAUCACAGGCUAUUGUAAUAUCCAAGUGGUUUUCUUAUCUUAUUUUUAAACUUCAAUAUUUAAUAAUUUUUAAAUUUCA